GGUCAUGAACAGCAUGAUACUGUACUCCGUACCCUGGACGCAUUGGGGCUGGCUCUAGUAGUCACUACCCAGUAAAGUCCAGCGAUCUCAUCAGUACGUGAAUGAAGGUCAAGCAGAUGAGUGGCGGGUGGAUGCACUGCAGCGAAGAGACAGACAGCACAGGGAGACUCAAAGAGCAAUGCUUUAUCCACCCUUUUGGCCCGUGCAUGCCAGUCUACCAUACAGCGAGGAAGAUAGUACAGCACAGCACAGCAAAGUGUACCUUAGUCCUAAGCACCCUGUGCAGACGUAGAAAGAGAAGGCCCAAGCAAGUAACCAAACAACCAAGUGAAAGCGAGAGAAGGAGGAUCUUCGGUCCUUUCUUACUCCUGCGGCUAUGCCUACUGUAUUCUGCUCCCCAAGCCAGUCCAUUUUCUCACACACUCCAGCGCAGCACCACAGCGCAGCACAGCACCACCUCUCGCAAACAUCUUCGACCUUUCCCCAAAGCAACACCUAAUUCUCAUGCACCUCUGCCGUCAUCCAACACCAGUCUCCUUCUCUUUCACACACUCUCUCGCACCAUCAUCCUCCGAAUCAGCCCAUCAGAAGUCAAAUCACCCCGUGGUUUUCCCCCCUCCUGAAUAACAGGUUGAGAAAAACUAUUCCCCAUACGUCAAAAAGCACAAGGAGAAGAAGUCCGCGGUUGUCGGGGUCCCACCUUCAGACCAGAGUGUAUUAAAUAGUGUUCUAUUCACCCGCUCGAUCUGGCCAUUACUACCUCUCCCCCC